AUGAUACAUAGGGCGUGCAGAUGGAAGUCUCUGGAGCAGCUGUUUUGGAUCCCGAGCAUUGCGAAUGGGUCGACAUCGCAUGGCGGAUGUGUUGGGAGUGCCAGGCAAGCCGCCGGCGACGCAAAGAAUAUCCAGGGUGCAAGGAAGUGCGCAACACCAUCGGUGGCAACAUGGGCAUGGGGUGAAGGGGCCUCAGACUGUGAUGUUGUGCGAUCAAGCACUUGUGCAAACAAGGGAGCCGUGGAGCUUCCGUUCCAUUCAGCCAAUCGCUGGCAAGACGUGUACAGUGUGCUGAAUGUUUUGCACCGAGCGCCGACCAUUCACAACAUCGAGGCUGCAUUGACGAGGCUGAAGAAGCUCCCAGAUCCACCGCCGCAGGAGUUUCUGGACCGGCUACUGCUGGGCGUCCUCAAUUUGCUGCCAACCCUUCGACUACAGCAUUUUGCAAACAUUCUGCAUGCUUGCUUUCGCCUGGGCUACUUGCCCAAGGCCGUGCUGGGUGCCAUGGCACAGGCACUGACCAAGAAGCCUGCAGAGCAGUUUUGGACAUUUCCCUUGGUUGUUUACACACUGGGCACCAUCUGCGGACGGCAAUUGGGCCAGGCACCUGCUGAACUGUUCCCGGGACAGGGCUUAUUCUUGUCAAAGGUGGGGUCGGAGUGCGUGACACCUGGCACCGUUUCAAAACUGACCGCAUGGCAGCUGUCCAACCUGCUGUAUGGGAUCGCUCGCCUGCAGGGCGAGACAGCACCCCUAGUGUACCCUGUGCUUGAGGACUUGGCAAGGUCGCAUCGCAAGGAAAUGAUGGCGGAUGAAAAAGCUGCCUCAGAGGUUCUGUGGAGUCUUUCCAGACUGCAGGUGGAGAAGAGAUAUUCGAAGCCUGUUCUCAGGGCUUUUGAGUGGGCUGUGGAGGCAAGGGGCUUGUUGACAAAGUUCUCUGACCAAGGAAUUGCAACGGUGGUGUAUUCGUUGGGGAGGCUGCAACACAAAAGCAGGUACUUAGGAGGCGAGUUGCUGAAAGAAGUGGCCGAUCGUGCUGUCCAAAAGAGAUUUACUGAGAGGCAGAUUGCCAACAUUUGGCACGGCCUUGCUGGCAUCGGGGUACAAGACCCAAGUCUGCUGCAAGCAUUUGCUGAAGAAACGGCUGCAGAGGAUAGACUUUCUUGUUAUUCUCAUGAGGGCAUUUCUGCGAUCCUGUUUAGCUUGGGACGUCUACAAUAUGGUGAUAAAACCCUGGCACUUCGUCUCCUCAGCCGUAUAGAAGACGGCAAACAUCUUGCAGCAUAUUCAGAACGGGCAAUUGCAAACCUUGUCUUCAGCGUAGGGGAGCUAAAACUGGGCACAGCUGGUGUUCCCAGCCUUCGGGCUUUGGUGGCAUCAAUGAAAUCUCGUCGGUUUCUGCACCAGUGGACUGAGCAAGGGCUGUCGAAUGUGUUCUACGGUUUAGUUGAAGCAGGUUUCAGAGAGGCUGAUUUCAUGCAAUGGUUGGUGCAGGAGAUCGUUGACAGGUGGCAGAUUGGGAAUCUGAGCAGUCAAAGAAUACUAAGCUUUGUUGUUGGUUGUGCCAAAUUGCUUGGUAAAGAACCGCCGGUCUGCAAUCACAUGGCAUUGACCCUCACGAGAGAAUUGUGCAAGGAUCAUAGAUUGCGGGCUCUGAGGCCCAACGAUCUGGCAAGUUUGCUCAGCGCUGCUGCAAAACUGGAUCUCAGCAACUCUUCCAUUUAUGGUUGUAUCCUUGACGAAAUUCGGGGGAGAAACCUUUGUUCCUUCUCCACAAGGCACCUUUGCUCCAUUGUUUACAGCAUGCGAAAAGUGGAUGGUGUGGACCUGAGACUGCUGGAUUCGGUUCUGAUAAUGCUCACAACUACAGCUCAUCUGGACAGCAUCACACAGCACCACCUAGCGAACAUUGUCUUCCAUUUAGGGCAGCAUGGCAGCACUGGCAACAGGGUGGGAAUGGAUGUCCUGCUUGAGAGAAUCGUGCACACUGGAGUGGGCACAUUUACAGAAUCACAACUGGCCAAGAUCCUGUACGGUGUGGGCCAUUGGGGUUGCUCCAAAUCAGAGGCGAUCUGCAUAAUCGCACAGGAAUUUUGUGAUCCUAGGCGUCUGGCAAGUGCAAAGACGCAGGAUUUGGCCCUUGCUUUCUUUGCCCUGGGGCAGCUGGAAUAUGGAGGCACGGCAGAAGUGGAGGCUUUGGUUCAAGAAAUAACAGCAACACAGCGAUUGCAGGAAUUUCAUCCAGUGGGCUUGUCAAUGAUCAUCCGAACGUUAGUGCCCCUGAAGUGCACCAAUGGGUAUGUGUUUGGUACACUGAUCAAGGAGGUUGCCAAGAAUCGGAAUUUGAAACGCUUUACAGAUGGAGCACUGGCUAAUGUUGUGGAUGUGUUUGGUUGCUUGGGAAUUGGGGAUGAGAAGUGCUUGUGGGCAGUCACCAACGAAUUGUUCACACCACGCCGUGCUGUGCGCCUUAAAGACAGCCAAUGGUUGGAAGUUCUUCGAGGCCUUGCAAUGCUGGGCUUUAGACAUGUGGAGGCCCUGGGAAUCUUUUCCAAAGUUUUGGACGAUGUGAGGUUGCGCAGCAUGGCUCCAGACGCUUUGUACUCCCUCUCUGCGUUUGUUGCAGAGUACACUCAGAAAGUUGAGAAAGCAAAGGCGUCUGAUGCUGAUCGUAUUAUGACUUCACUCCUUGCUCCAAGGACGAUCGCCAAGCUUGCAGCACCCCAAGUUGCUGGCAUCAUGAGGGGUUUUUGGAGAACUGGUUGCAUGACUGCUGAUGCUGUGCAUGCAGCCAUCGACAAGAUGACAGACCACAGAAUCCUGCCCCAAUUGCUGGAAUUUGACAUGGCUGCACUUGUACAUCAACUUGAUGUUUUGCCACCCUUGUCCCGUGGCAGGUUGUCAAGUCGUGUCACAAGUGUUGUCCUUGAUGGUGCAACGCUUCCCAUGUUCUCACAAGGCGGACUACUGUCUGUGUUGCGUUGCUACCGCUCGAAUCAACAGGCCAACAGCACAGCACUCUGCAAUGUCAUCACCGAACUGUUGAGGCCGCACAGGCUCGACGCCAUGUCUACCGAGGAGGCGGUCUCUGCAUUCAGGCAUCUUGUUCGUUUGCGUUGGGGGCACAAAGGCAUGGGAAAGCUCCUGGAGCGGGCGACAAGGGAACAAGCAGAUCCUGGCCUCACUGAAGCCCAAAUGUCCAUCUUGGCAGCCAGCCUCACAGAGUGUGAGCUGUACGAUGAGAGAUUCCUAAGGCUAUUAUUGGCCGUGGCACACGAUGAGGAACGAUUGGAAAGGUUCUCCACACCUGGUUUACAGUCUGUGAUCCUGUUCUUGGGAGCGAUUGGCAUGGGUGCAAGCAUCGUGGACUGUUUCAUUGCAGAGCUACUCAAGCCGUCACGGUUGGCUGGGAUGUCCCAAGCAGAUGUGCGGUCAUCGAUGAGGGCAGUGCAUACGGUAGGCAGGCAGGACGCCUUUGAUGUGGAGGAGCUCAUUAGGGCCUCAUCAAGGCGAGCUUCUAGAACAGUCAGAUAG